CCUAUAAUGUUUGCAAUCAAAUAAUGGGAAUGCAGUAAACACAUUAUAUACGAACGAACAAUUUCCACUUAUUUUAGUUAAUUUUAUGUAAAUUAGUAUAAUAUUUAUAUUUUAUAGAAAGGGAAUUUCGUAUUAUUAACAAAAUGAUGUCAAAAUAUAUAUUACGUGCAACUUGUAUCUUUGGAAAAUAUAUGCAGAAUAAUUCGCCUGUAAUGCUAAGUGCUAUUUCGUACCCGAAUAAUUCUUCAGAACAGAUCAGGCAUAUGAGUAAACAUUGGAAUCCUAAGUUUAAGAAAGAGAGAAAAGAAAAAUUUAUUAAAGUAGACCUACCAAAUUUUCAUGAGACUGAUAAAAAACGAAUUGAGGAAAGAAGGCGCUCGAUAUUAAAACAACACGGAGUAUAUCCGCAAAAGCAAUGGAUGGAAAGACCAAUUUUUAUUAGUUGUACUCCUAAUGCUUUCGACUCUUACGUACCACCAGAAGGCGAUGGAAGGUUCUCUACAAUCUCUAAAGCGGGAGCAAUGCAAAAAAUGACAGAUGUAACAAUGAAAGGAAAAUCAAUGAUGGCCAUUAGAAAAAUCAAAUCAUUUGAAGACACAUUUGUAUUAAAGAAUUUCCCUCAAGAAGCUUUAGAUAUUUACAUUAAAGCGCACGAAGCCUUAGCUGCAAAAAAUACGGACGCUUUGAUAGAAUAUGUUACGGAGAGUGCAUAUUCCAAAAUGUUACAUAAUAUCAUGGAUAAAAAUAUUCGUUGGAAGUACGUGGAAUCACUAGAACCACCUCGUGUUGUACAUGCAAGAUGUCAUGAUCUAAUUUCAAAGGAUAACGUGUUUGGACAGUUAACAGUCCGCAUUCAUAGCCAGCAGAUUUUAACCAUUUAUGAUAGAUUUGGUCGUUUACUAAAAGGAAGUGAAAUCUUAAAGAAAGAUGUUCUCGAAUAUAUCGUAUACGAAAAUCAUUUGGCAAACCAAUACGGAAAGUGGCGUCUUCACGCAAAAAUUAUACCAUCUUGGAUGCCUCCAAGAGAGGUAGGAGAAAAAACAUACAUAUUAUCGCCAGAAACCAAUGAAGUUGUACCUCCUGAUCCACCAACAACAUCUACCGAUACUACGAAUGUUGCAAAAACGACUGCAAAUUAAUAUUUAUCGAAUGCUUAUUAUUUCAUAAGAUAUAAUAGUAAUUCGAAUUCUUUCUCUAUUAACGGUAUCAUCAAUUAAAUAUAUCGUUUGUACAUACAUUAAAUAUAUCCGUUAAAAUGAUACAAAA